AUGACGUCAUGUAGUCCGUUUCUGGAGGCGGCCGCGGCGUUUAUCAAGAACAUCGUUGCCGUCGGUGUCUGCAGUAACGAGGGAUGCCUCAAUGCAUUUAACCCUACCGCCUUUGGUUUACCGUUUGGGCUGCACCACGGCGGUAUCCCUGUGACGCCGCCAAACACUGCGUCACUCGAGGCGGCCAUUGCGGCCGAAGUUUUUCCGCUCGGAACGAUGGGACGGCGGUUAUGUAGUUCCCCCAUACAGCUUGGUGUCACGCUGGAGGAGUAUAUCACGGGACUUUUUACCACAGUUCAGCACCAAUUUGGAUGCAGCAUGGAUACUAUUUUGCAUUGUCUCUGGAUUGUGGAACGCAUUCAGACGAGAAACAUACUGGUUCAGCAGAAAAGUAUUAUUUCCCUACGGAGUAUCUCUCAGUGCAGACGCGGUGGUGAGGACAUUCACCUGUAUGCGAGUGAGGGCACGCAAGACGUUGCUUUGACUGCGAGGUGGGUACAUGACAAUGACGGUAUGCUGCCCGACGACAGCUGCCAACAUGCCCCUCUUUGUUCUUCUAUGUCGUCUGAAGUGCGUUCAAUGGGACCUGUGUCGGAUGUUGCUGAUGAUGACUCUCUGUGUUACGCAUGUGCUGGAAGCCCCGUGUUUAGUCUGCAGUUUUGGAACGUGCAGCUUUUCAUUACCGCCUCGCUGCUGCUUAGUCUGAAGGUCGGUGAAGAUAAAUUCGCCGAAACCGAUGGUGAAGCGCUAACCGUCCAGCUCGCCGCGCUAGGCGGGUGUGACACGAAUGUGCUUCUCUGUGCUGAGCGCUGCGUGUGCGACCUUCUUUGGGACGAACUGAGCGUCACAACAAAAGGGCUGGAAAGCGUCAUGCGUCGUCUCGGAAUGCGAUCCCUUGCUCGCCGACCACACCCCGUCCCACCAGGAGGGCCAACAAACGUCACAGCAGCCACGAACGGGGAAGAAGAGGCAAGCAUCAUGUCCUACUAG